CCCGCGGUGUCGGGGGCUCGGCUCUCGCCAUGCACCCCCCGGCCGCCCCCCGGCCCGCCGCGCUGCCGCGCCUGCUGCUCUCCGGAGCGGCGCGGGCGCUGCUGUGGCUCGGCCCCGUGUACCUGGCGGGGUACCUGGGGCUCAGCGGCAGCUGGGUGCUGCUGGCGCUGGCGCUGUGGCUCUGCUGGGGACACAACCGCCGGGGCAAGCGAGACCGCCUGGCCGCCGCCUUCGCGCUGCUGGAGGACGAGCGGGAGGCGGUGUGCAGGGGCCUGGCCGCCCGGCACCUGCCUGCCUGGGUUCACUUCCCUGAUGUUGAGCGAGUGGAGUGGCUGAACAAGGUCCUUGUCCAGGCUUGGCCGUACUUUGGAACAGUCAUGGAAAAAACAUUUAAAGAAGUUCUUGAGCCGAAAAUCAGAGCAAAGCAUGUACAUCUGAAAACAUGCACGUUUACCAAGAUCCACUUCGGUGAGAAGUGCCCUAGAAUCAAUGGAAUAAAAGCCUACACCAAAGAAAUCGGUAGAAGACAAGUUACCCUAGACCUGCAGAUAUGUUACAUAGGAGACUGUGAGAUUCACAUGGACAUAUCGAAAUUUAAUCUUGGCGUGAAAGGUGUGCAGUUGUAUGGGACGUUGCGGGUGAUCCUGGAACCUCUUCUAACUGAUGCACCUUUUGUUGGAGCAGUGACCUUGUUUUUCAUGCAGAAACCGCAUUUGGAAAUCAACUGGGCAGGCAUGAGCAACCUCCUGGAUGUCCCAGGGAUUAACGUAGUGUCAGACUCGUUAAUUCAAGACUUCAUUGCUUCGCGGCUGGUUCUGCCGAACAGGAUCACAGUGCCCCUGAAAAAGAACAUGAACAUUGCCCACUUGAGGUUCCCUAUUCCCCAGGGGGUAAUAAGGGUUCAUCUGCUAGAAGCUGAAAACCUUGUCCAGAAAGACAGUUUCCUUGGUGCAAUCAGGGGGAAGUCUGAUCCGUACGCUCUCCUUCGCGUUGGCACGGUGCAGUAUCGAAGCAAGACAGUUUCCCGAGAUCUUAAUCCCAUUUGGAACGAGACAUUUGAGUUUGUUGUUCAUGAAGUGCCUGGUCAGGACUUAGAAGUGGACUUGUAUGAUGAAGAUCCAGAUAAAGAUGACUUUAUGGGCAGCUUGCUUAUAGGCCUAGUGGAUGUAAUGAAUGACAGAACUGUUGAUGAGUGGUUUCCCUUGAGUAAGACAACAAGCGGACACUUGCAUUUAAAACUGGAGUGGCUUUCACUGGUAAAUGACCAAGAAAAGCUACAUGAGGAUAAGAAGGGUCUGUCUACAGCAAUUCUGAUAGUCUACUUGGACAGCGCCUUCAACCUUCCAAAAAACCACUUUGAGUAUUCGAAUGGUGAAUGUGGAGCAAAGAAGAUCAAAAAUAACAAGUACCUCAAGAAGAUGGAACGAGAGCCUUCCUCGUUUGUCCUGCUUACAGUUGGAAACAAGACUCAGAAGAGCAAGACCUGCAAUUUCAGCAAAGAUCCCACGUGGGGCCAGGCUUUCACCUUCUUUGUCCACAGUGCUCAUUCCCAGUCACUCCAUGUUGAGAUAAAAGACAAGGAGCGGGAUAGUGCCCUGGGAACUUCAGUGUUAUGUCUGUCCCGCUUACUUGAAGACCCAAACAUGACUCUGGAUCAGAGAUUCCAGCUGGACCAUUCCAGUUCAGACAGUUUUAUUCAGAUGAAACUUGUGUUGCGGGCACUGAAUGUUGAAGAACCUGAUCCACAAAGAGUCAAGGCUGGUGUCAAUGCCUCAAAGCAAGGUCCCGUGCGUGUAGUGGAAAAGGGUGGAAACCAGCAGAAAUUUGUCUCCCCACCAGAAGUCUCCAAAGUACCUCCUGUCAGCAAAGACUCUGCAGCACUUGAAUCCCUGCCAAAAAGGGACAGCGGAGAAGACCUGGACACUAAAGACAGUUCAGCAGCCCCUGUGCCAAGUGAAACUGUUGCAGGCCCUGAUGGGGCAGAGCACAAGCAGAACCCAGAGCAUCGCCCGCCGCUGGCGCUGCACAGCGGGGCGGCCGCAGUGCCCACACUGCCAGUCGUGCAGGAGCUGAGGCUUGCACCCAGUGUCACUUCUCUGGGUUCUCUGCCUUCUUCUUGCUUCGAAUUAAGUAGCAGCAAUCUGGACAUUCAUAAUGGUACAGAAAUGCCUCUGGGGGAGAUCCAGCUGACAGUCCGUUACGCUUCAGUACGGCAGAGCCUCGUGGUGCUGGUGAAUGGCUGCAGAAACUUAGUACCUUCUUCUAAUCGGGGAGUAGAUCCAUAUGUUCGUAUAUACCUGCUUCCAGAUAGAAGGUGGACAAGCAGGAAGAAGACUUCUGUUAAGAAGAAAACACUGAACCCUCAAUAUGAUGAGAAGUUCGAAUUUUUUGAGUCUUUGGAAAAUGUCAAGAAAAGGACACUGGACAUUGCAGUGAAAAACAGCAGGCCGUUCAUUUCACAGGAAAGGAAGGAUCUGGGGAAAGUGCGGAUCGACCUGUCCCAGGAGGACUUAAUAAAAGGUUUUGCACAAUGGUAUGAGCUGACAAGGAGUAGACGCAGGAGAAUUUGAUUUCUUCUCAUGUACAUAAGUUACUAAUUUUUCAACUUUAUAUGAAUGUACAUAUCUCUUGUAAUUAUUGUGUUUUGCACAGUCAUUGCAAAUUUGAAGCAAUCUCCAGCUCAGGACAUGUAAAUUUAAUGAUCCCGUUUGGAGAUUAUUUCUCACUGAAGUUAAAAAAUAAACCUAUUUCCUCCUCCACCGACCCCCCCAGGGAAUAAUUUGUCCUUAGAGAAUAAGUCCUUUAUUUUUGCCAUUUCUGGCAAAUCACCUCCCAAAGGACCUGUAAGUUUGAAUCCUCUCUUAAGGAAGUGUUGUACCUGAGGAUAUUUUAGACUGUCAGCCAAGUGUCAUUAUUUUGCUUGGCAGUCUCAUGUCCCCAGGAUCUUGUUCAUGUUGUUUUAACAUGAAAGUGUUGUACUUUUUUGAAGCAGCAUUCUUCAGCUGUAGGGCUACAGAACCCUUUAGACUUUAAGACUAAUAGCAAUUAUUUUUUGAGAAACUAAGAAAUCGGUAUUCCACUGUUUAGAAGUACCUUUGCAGACUGUGGCUGCAGGUAUGUAAAUAAUGAGCUUCCAAAAGCAGGGAGCUUAGUUUACCAAGAUGUCGUUAAGGUUUUAGUUUGUGACACCUUAAUAGGUUUUGUCCUUUGUUACAGUACAUUUCAAAAUCUUGUAAACCUGGAUUAUGCCUGUGGAACAGCAGAGUUUUGUAAACUAAGCUUUAUUAAUAUUGAGGCAAAAUAUUUUUGGAAGCUUGGUGUACUUGUUUCUGUACAAUAAACUUCAGUCUUGCAUAAGAAACUUGA